UUGGAAAUUGCUAGAGUGGCCAUGAUGCUCAGGAUGGCACCACGGAAUGCGGAAUCCCCGUGUGUCUCCCCGCUGAGCCUCCUGGAUCGAUCUGGACCUGUCUUCUACUGUAGUUUCUUCAAAGUGAGAGGGUGACUUUGUGCAGUUAGUAGUUAGCCCAGAGCUCCUUCCAGUGUGGAUUGGGACAAGGAUUAGGGAGCCCCGUGGAGAGACAUGUCCUCUGUGCCCUGCUGGGCGGGAGUUUUCUUGGGCUCCCAGCUGGACCUCAAGGAGGCUUCUCCAGGGAGUGAGUGGACUUGCCUGGAGUUGACAGGACAGGGCUGGGGUGCACUGUGGCAGAGGCUUGCCCACAUGCACAGGGCCUGGGCUCCAUCCCCAGCUCCACACACACAAAUCCCACCAGGCGGAACUGUUAAAAUCAGGGCAGUUAGAACAGAGGUCCAAAAUAGACCCCUUGUCCUGUCAAUGUGACCUCGAGUCAAGCAGGAGGAACCAGGAGCACAAUUCCAGACCCCUGCCUCAGAGGGGGUGGGCCCCAGUGACCAGCCCAGUGACCCUGCUGCUCGACACCCCUCAGUCUUCCAGGUCCCUCGACGCCAUGGGCACGCGAUUCCUCCUGGCUCUGUGCCUGGUCCUCCUGGUGCUGAGCUGUGAGAUCCAGGGGCUCCCGCAAGAUGAGCCUGCCAGCCCGCCUCUGCUGGCCCAGGUGAAGGAGUCGCUCUCCAGCUACUGGGGCACUGCCAAGGCAGCUGCCCAGGGCCUGUACGAGAAGACAUACCUGAACGACAUGGACGAGAAAAUCAGGGACUUGUACAGCAAGGGCUCAGCCGCCAUGAGCACCUACGCGGGCAUCUUCACUGACCAGCUCCUCACUCUGCUGAAGGGAGAGUAGUGUCAACCCGGGGUGUGGGUGGGGAGCCCAGGCUCCAGCAUCCCCUGGUUCUCCUGACCUUCCUGGGAAUCGGACGGGGCUCCCGCCACGCCAGCUGCUCUCAGCCCUCCCCUCCUCUGGCCUGAACUCUCACCAUCAGCAGGUAUUGUCUGUGUGUGGCCAUAUCUGGAACCUGGUCCUGGGAAUGAAGAGGAAAAUAAAAACAAGAAGUGAUC